CGGGCCGAUCCCGCGCCCCCGGACCCCCGGAGCCCCGCACCGACGGCCGCACGGACCGACGGGCUGACGGCCGGCUGAGGCCCUGAGGGACGGAGCGCGCGCCCCCGCGGCCCCCGCGCGGCCCCGGGAGCCCCCGGCCCAGCGAGCCCGCCCAGGGCCCCGGGGGCGGCGGGGCGGCGGGCCCGGGCCAUGGCGCUGAGCUGAGCGCGGCGGCGGGAGACGACGAGGGGGAGGAGGACGAGGAGGACGACGGGGAGGCGAGGAGGAGGAGGGGGAGGCGGCCGUUAUCUUCAAGCCUUCUGAAGCAGAGAGGUCAUUUUGUAAUGCAGUGAAAAUGGACAAAGAAGAAAAGAAGACUAUUAACCAAGGCCAAGAGGAUGAAAUGGAGAUUUAUGGUUACAAUCUGAGUCGUUGGAAGCUGCUUGUAGUAGCGUUUGGGGUGAUCUGUACUGGGGGCUUCCUCCUCCUCCUCCUCUACUGGAUGCCCGAGUGGCGCGUGAAAGCCACCUGCUUCAGAGCGGCCCUCAAAGACUGCGAGGUGGUGCUGCUGAGGACAACGGACGAAUUCAGGAUAUGGUUUUGUGCAAAAGUUCGCUUUCUUUCUCUAGAAAACCACUCAUUUUCAAGCCCUAAAACAGUAACUAAAAAAGUGUCCAAUGGCCAUGCUGCUCAUUUCCAUUUCCCUGAGAACCUGCCUGAAGAGGACCAGCGUGACCUUGCCCAGCCCCAAGAGAUUCGUUACUUCACGCACCACAGUGUGAGGUACUUCUGGAUGGACUCGCGCCAGAAUUUUGAUGUGUUACAGGGACUGGAUGAAGGUGUUUCUUGUACUUCAGUUUAUGAAAAGCACAGCUCAGGGCUGACAAAGGAGACGCACGCUUACAGAAAACUGAUGUACGGAAUGAAUGAGAUCGCUGUCAAAGUGCCUUCUGUCCUCAAACUUCUGGUUAAAGAGGUCCUCAAUCCCUUCUACGUUUUCCAGUUGUUCAGCGUCAUCCUGUGGAGCACAGACGAAUACUACUACUAUGCCAUGGCCAUAAUCAUUAUGUCUGUGAUCUCCAUCGUGAGCUCCUUAUACACCAUCAGGAAGCAAUACAUCAUGUUGCAUGAUAUGGUGGCUGCUCACAGCACCGUGAGAGUCUCCGUCUGCAGAGUCGGUGGAGAAACAGAAGAGAUUUUUUCCACGGACCUUGUACCUGGAGACAUCAUGAUCAUCCCCAUGAAUGGUACAGUCAUGCCUUGUGAUGCAGUCCUCAUUAGUGGUACCUGCAUUGUAAACGAGAGCAUGCUUACAGGUGAAAGUGUUCCUGUAACGAAGACUAAUUUGCCAAACCCUUCAGUGGGCAUGAAAGGAGUGCAAGAUGAAAUGUACAGCCCAGAAGUCCAUAAGCGGCAUACUUUGUUUUGUGGGACCACAGUCAUCCAGACCCGCUUCUACACCGGAGAACUUGUGAAAGCUGUUGUUGUCAGGACAGGGUUUAGUACUUCCAAAGGCCAGCUUGUGCGCUCCAUACUCUAUCCCAAGCCAACGGAUUUCAAGCUCUACAGAGAUGCCUACAUGUUUCUGCUCUGUCUGGUGGUGGUGGCUGGCAUUGGAUUUAUUUACACCAUUGUCAAUAGCAUCCUGAAUGAGGUCCCAGCUGGCGUUAUAGUCAUCGAAUCUCUGGACAUCAUCACAAUCACUGUGCCUCCUGCACUUCCGGCUGCAAUGACUGCUGGCAUCGUGUAUGCACAAAGGAGACUGAAGAAGAUCGGCAUCUUUUGCAUUAGCCCUCAGCGCAUCAAUAUCUGUGGACAGCUAAACCUUGUUUGUUUUGACAAGACUGGGACUCUCACUGAAGACGGCCUCGACCUUUGGGGCGUACAGAGAGUGGAGAACGCACGUUUCCAAAGGCCGGAGGAGAAGGCGUGCAGCGAGAACCUGGUGAAAUCGCAUUUUGUGGCUUGCAUGGCCACCUGCCAUUCCCUGACAAAAAUCGAAGGGCUGCUCUCUGGCGAUCCGCUUGACCUCAAGAUGUUUGAAGCCAUUGGAUGGAUUCUAGAAGAAGCCACUGAAGAAGAGACGGCACUUCACAAUCGAAUCAUGCCCACUGUUGUUCGUCCUCCGAAACAACUUCUUCCUGAACCCAAACCUGCAGCAAACCAGUCAAUGGAGCUUUUCGAGCUUUCUGCCAACUAUGAGAUAGGAAUUGUUCGGCAGUUCCCGUUUUCUUCUGCUUUGCAACGCAUGAGCGUGGUGGCCCGAAUUCUGGGGGACAAAAAGAUGGAUGCGUACAUGAAGGGGGCCCCCGAGGUCGUUGCCGGCCUUUGCAAACCAGAGACAGUUCCCAGUGAUUUUGAAAAAGUGUUAGAAGAUUACACUAAACAGGGUUUUCGAGUGAUUGCGCUGGCACACAGGAAACUGGAAUCCAAGUUGACGUGGCACAAGAUCCAGAACAUCAAUAGAGAUGCCAUCGAAAGCCACAUGGAUUUUAUGGGAUUAAUUAUAAUGCAGAACAAAUUAAAACAAGAAACCCCUGCUGUACUUGAAGACUUGCGUAAAGCCAACAUUCGUACUGUCAUGGUCACAGGUGACAAUAUGUUAACUGCUAUCUCCGUGGCCAGAGACUGUGGAAUGAUUCUACCUCAGGAUAAAGUGAUUAUUGCGGAUGGACUACCUCCCAAGGAUGGACAAGUGGCCAAAAUAAAUUGGCAUUAUGCAGACUCUCUCACAACAAAAUGCACCAGCUCUCCUGAGAUCGACUCUGAGGACAUCCCGAUCAAGUUGGUCGAUGACAGUUUGGAGGAUCUUCAGGUGGCUCCGUAUCAUUUUGCUAUGAAUGGAAAGUCGUUUUCUGUGAUCCUGGAGCACUUUCAGGACCUUGUGCCCAAGCUGGUGUUGCAUGGCACCGUGUUUGCUCGCAUGGCCCCCGAUCAGAAGACACAGCUGGUUGAAGCCUUGCAGAAUGUGGAUUACUACGUGGGCAUGUGUGGUGACGGUGCCAAUGAUUGUGGGGCCUUGAAGAGGGCCCAUGGUGGCAUCUCCCUGUCUGAGCUCGAGGCUUCAGUGGCGUCCCCCUUCACCUCAAGGACCCCCAGUAUUGCUUGUGUGCCAAACCUCAUCAGGGAAGGCCGGGCAGCUUUGAUAACUUCCUUCUGCGUAUUUAAAUUCAUGGCUCUGUACAGCAUCAUCCAGUAUUGUAGCGUCACCUUGCUGUACUCGAUCCUGAGUAACUUAGGGGAUUUCCAGUUCCUGUUCAUUGACCUGGCCGUCAUCUUGGUCGUGGUAUUUACCAUGAGUUUAAAUCCCGCCUGGAAGGAGCUUGUUGCCCAGAGACCACCCUCGGGCCUCAUCUCUGGGGCUCUUCUCUUCUCCGUUCUGUCUCAGAUCGUCAUUUCCAUCGGCUUCCAAUGUUUUGGCUUUUUUUGGGUUAGACAACAGCCUUGGUAUGAACUUUGGACUCCACAUUCAGAUGCUUGUAACCUGUCCAGAAGCUUCUCUUCCAACUCGUCCCACUCUGGCAAUGAGACUGAACACGAUGAGCACAAUAUCAAAAAUUAUGAAAAUACCACCGUAUUUUUUAUCUCCAGCUUCCAGUACCUCAUUGUGGCAAUCGCUUUUUCUAAAGGAAAGCCCUUCAGGCAGCCCUGCUACAAGAAUGGUUUUUUUGUUGUGUCUGUGCUGAUUUUGUAUAUCUUCAUAUUUUUCAUCAUGUUGCAUCCUGUUGCCUAUAUCGACCAGGUUCUUGAGAUCGUUUGUGUCCCGUAUCAGUGGCGUAUAACAAUGCUCAUCAUCAUUCUCGUCAAUGCGCUUGUCUCUAUCUUGGCAGAGAGCUUCCUCCUGGACACGGUCCUUUGGAAGGUUGUAUUCAAUCGAGACAAACCAGGAGAAUCCCGCCUCACCACCACACAGCCACCACAGGAGUCAGUGGACCGUUGGGGAAGGUGCUGCCUAGCAUCAGUGCUUGGCUGUAGAAAGACACUUCCCAAGGCCAAGUACAUGCAUCUGGCCCAGGAGCUGUUGGUUGACCCCGAGUGGCCGCCGAAGCCCAGCACGACCACCGAAGCUAAAGCCCUAGUGAAGGAGAAUGGGUCCUGUCAAGUCAUCACUGUCACCUAACAGUGACUCUCAGCAGCUCGUCCUGGGGGCGAGGGGCGGGGGGGGGG